CGCGAGUGUCACGAGCCUUUGUUCUUCGUCAUCACAUCUACAGAGCGCUUCCAGGGCUACAUGAGCUGCAUAGAAGGAUGCCUUCUACAGAACAAAGCAGUGCCGGGACGACGAAAGCGCCACCUCGAGCUUCGCUAGGCGUCGACCAAUGCUGGCACGUGGCUGUGAUAUGCGCUAUGACCACGUUUCUCACUAACGCAACAAUCAGGUCAUCAGGCUUUCUUUACAUAGGAAUUAUGAAUGAAUUUCAAGUGGGUCGCGGUGAAGCUGCAUGGCCAAUUUGUCUCAUGGGAGCCAUGGCCAAUAUUGCCGGUCUCGUGGCUGGUCCAUUAUGCCAGAAGUACACACCGCCGCCCGUUACCUUUGCGGGUAGCAUCAUUAUGUGCUGUGGCAUCGUCGCUUCAAGCUUCGCUCCAACCAUAACAUGGCUUACUGUGACUCAAGGAAUUGUGUUUGGUGUAGGAUCUGGCCUUGUCCUCAUGACACUCCCUUUAUACAUCAACCAACACUUCGAGAAGUACCGCGGAUUCGCCCUAGGCAUUACGUACGCAGGAUCCACAAGCUCCGCCUUUGUCUUUCCGAGGCUGCUGCUCUACCUCGAGGAGACUUACAAUUUCCGCAGUAGCGUUAUGAUUUUCGGUGCCAUUGUCAGUAAUGUCACCGCCGCUAGCCUCCUGCUGAAAGAGCCAUCGUGGAUACGGCGACAGCGAGUGGAAGACGCUUUGGCGUUGAAGCGUGCCAAAGAUAUCUAUACCAUUGAGAAAGAGGUCACGAAAGCGGCACUGAAUAGCACGUCAUUUGUUGAAACUUCUGGUGUGAAGAAUGUGAGGAACACACAUAGUGAUGAAAAAAACCCGCUGAAUCCCUGGAGCAUCCGGCACGGACUCACCGUACUGGAGAAUCCCAUGUUUUAUGCUGUGAUGCUGACGUACAUUGUGUUUGGUUACAACUUCGACGUCUUCAUGGCCACUAUCGUGGACUUUGCCAUCGACAAGGGCACAGCUUUGGAGGCUGCCGUGGGCCUCAUACCGUUGUUCUCAAUGACUGAUACGCUUGGACGCCUGUUCAUUCCUUUGCUGGUGGACAGAGGGCAUGUGACGCGUAGUUGCCUGGCAACAGUGACUUACCUGUGGAUGUCUUUCGUGCUCUUCGGGUUUCCUCUCGUGAGCACUUACUAUGAGAUUCUGGCCGCCUGCAUGUGCCUCUCCAUGGCCAUCGGUUGCAGUGUCACUAUGUACCCAGCCCUCAUGGCUGACUACAUGGGCCUUCAGCGGCUACCGAUUAGCUACGGUAUCGUUGGCACUGUGGCUGGCCCCCUGUUCUUACUUAAACCCUUAUUUAUUGGCUAUUUUCGAGACCACGUUGGUUGCUACAGCAAUAUGUACCGGUUUUUGUCCGGAGGCGUUUUCUUGUUGGGCCUGGUUUGGCUAGCCGUGUUCCUACGCGAGCGGCGCAAACGGAAGGAAUGGCAGCCGCAGCCCAUCGGAGCCACCGAUGCCAUCAUCGUCGCUGGCCACGCAAUUUACUGCAACCCAGGUUUCGCAGGCGCCGCCCACGGUCCCAGCGCUGGCUGUUGUACCGCGGACGGCGUGAAGAAAUUCGAUCUAGAAUGUGGAAAAGCCUGUAAAUAAAGUUCCCCAAAAUAAUUCAUCCUGUCUGAAUUACAGGCGUUCGCAAAUCUGAGAUUAUGACGACCAGAUCACUCGAUUCCAAAGCAUCGUUAUGAUGGCGUUUACUUAUAUUGGCUCCUCGUUGUCCAGGUAAAACAUAUUUAGAUUUGCAAUAUAUCCUGCUCGGCCUAGGCUUCAUUUCUGCGGUUAGAGUCAAGUGGUGACGGGGGAUUGUGUGCAUACAUAUUCUGUCUCGGGAUACUGAGCUUAAAGGGCCCCUCACCAGGUCUGGCCAUUUUGAGCUGACAGGCGCAGAGCAUACAUUGCGUGAUAAUGAUCAUCUCUGCAAAGUAUUACAUCGCUACCCGCCGCAGAAAGAUUCGAAAUUUAAAACCGAACGCCGUUUUUUCUUCUCCUCGCGGCCGCCGCUCUCCAAGCCGGAGGAUGACGUACUCGCGUCCCUGCGGCUACGUACUCGAGUCCGCAGUGUGAUCUCGCUCGUGGUCACACGUGACUUCAAGAAUUA